AUGGUCAAGAAAAUCUUAUUAAUCAACGGUCCAAAUUUGAACCUGUUGGGUACUAGAGAACCAGAAAAAUAUGGUACCACCACUUUAAAGGAUAUUGAACAAGCUGCUAUCGAACAAGCUAAGGCAAAAGGUUCCGAGAUGGCCGUCUACCAAAACAACACCGAAGGGUUUAUUGUUGACCGUAUCCACGAAGCUAAGAAACAAGGUGUCGAAUACAUCCUCAUUAAUGCAGGUGCUUAUACUCACACUUCUGUGGCAAUUAGGGAUGCAUUACUGGCCGUUGCAAUUCCAUUUAUUGAAAUUCAUAUUACCAACGUGCAUAGCAGAGAGGAGUUCAGACAUAAAUCAUAUUUGAGCGAUACGGCCGUUGCAGUAAUUUGUGGAUUAGGAGUAUAUGGCUACACUGCAGCCAUCGACUUUGCUUUAAACAAAUGA